AACAAACACAAUUUUGCCAAUUUUUCUCCAAAGAGGCGCUACCGGAAAACUCCCUCACCUUUCCACGGAUGCGUCUUGCGACAUUCCCGGGGAAUGUUUUUAGUGCAUGAUUUUAGUGGGUGCUAAGACGGAAAAUUUUGUGUUUUCUUUUUUCGGUGUGAAAAUGGCAAGUGAAUCGUCAAAAAAACCCGCAACAAAGGCCAAGACAGCCGAAGAGGUCUUUGCGGAAUUCCAGAGACUCCGCAAUGAACAGAGAGUCUUGGCAAAUAGAAUAGCUGAAUAUGAAAUGGAUCUCAAGGAGCACAGGACAGUCAUUGAUACCCUAAAGACGGUAGACGAGAGUCGAAAGUGCUUCCGGUUGAUUGGGGGUGUCCUGUGUGAGGGUACAGUGAAGGCUGUCCUGCCCCAACUGACGGAUAGCAAGGAACACCUUGAGAAGCUCAUUGAGACAGUCACGGGGCAACUGACCAAGAAGGGGCAGGAGAUUAAUGACUUCAAGCAGGAGAAUAAUAUACGAAUUGGCACACCUGGUAGUGCCACAGCACCCCCAGAGGAGGCAGAUGCAAAACCCGAUGAUAGCCAGCAGCAGAGCAGGAAUGUUCUUGUGGUGAACAAUUGAUCCUCUGUGUAAUUUACCAACUCAUUUACCUCCUUUGUACGGAUAUUUUAUCAUCUUUUUUUCUUGGCUUAUCUCACACACGCAUUAAACAUCAAGCUCUUUUCGAGUAAAUGAUAAAAAAUAGUUUAA